CACAAAACCAAAACCCUACAACGAGAAGUUGCACAGCAAAAGGGUUAAGCAAAGAGAAAGAAGAACUUCAAAAUGCCGAAGUCGAAGAGAAAUAGACAAGUUACGCUAUCGAAGACGAAGAAGAAGGGAAGGGAUCAUAAAGAGGCGAUAGUGAACGGAAUAAAGGAGGCGGCAGAAAAGUACGCGUGCGUAUACGUGUUCUCGUUCGAGAACAUGAGGAAUCAGAAAUUCAAGGAGUUUAGGGAACAGUUGAAAUCGAGUAGCAGGUUCUUUCUCGGCUCUAACAAGGUAAUGCAAGUUGCCUUAGGUCGCUCCGCCGCCGAUGAGAUCAGUCCCGGCAUUCAUAAGGUUUCAAAGUUAUUGCGGGGAGAUGCUGGCAUGGUUUUUACGAAUUUGUCUAAGGAAGAAGUUGAAAGGCUGUUUAAGGGAUUUGAAGAAUAUGACUUUGCAAGAACAGGAAGCCUUGCCACGGAAAAGGUUGAUCUCAAAGAGGGACCCUUGGAGCAGUUUACGCAUGAGAUGGAACCUUUUCUCCGGAAGCAAGGCAUGCCUGUUCGAUUAAAUAAAGGAGUUGUGGAGCUUGUUUCCGAUUUUGUUGUUUGUGAGGAAGGGAAACCAUUGUCACCAGAAGCUUCUCGUAUACUGCGUUUAAUGGGAAUCAAGAUGGCUACAUUUCGUCUUCACCUAAUUUGCAGGUGGAGUCCCGAUGAGUUUGAGCUAUACAUCGAUGGACCGGAAGAAUCAGAUGUAGAAUGAUCAUAGUAUCUCUCUUUUAAACUUAGAAGAUUCAUGGAGCAAUCCUCUUAAAAAAGUUUGAACAUUACAGAUAUGACGCAAAUGUGAUUUGCAGCUACAGUGUUAUAGCGACUAUUGGAUGAUGUACUUUAAGAUAAGUUGAUUUUUGGGAAUGUUUAGGAAUUAUGUGAACUAGGCUGAGUGGUUAACAGGGAAGUGGCGUUUAGCCGUUAUCUGUAACUUUAUGAAAAAUUCAAAUUACUGUGAUUCAGUUUUGAUCGAUUUAGAUUUUUGUCUGCUGGUA